CCCUCUCGCCAUCCGCAGUUUUCAUUAUUAUUAUUAUUAUUUUAACUAAUUAAAUAAAUUAACUUCCUUCUUCUUCAUCUUCUUGACUUUUUUAUUUUUCUUAUGAAAUUGAGAGGGAAAAUACAAUGAAUAUAAAGAAAUCCCCCUCCACACCACUUCUCCGUUUACUCUUAAUUUCUCCACGCCCUUUUGAAUUCUCUGAAACGAUGCGUCGUAAAGUCUCUCCGGCGUUUCUUUUCCUCUUCCUCUCCGUUUUCCUCUUUGCCUCCUUCUCCCUUUAUUUUUCCUCCUGCAAUCCAAUCUAUGCCUCAACGGAAAUCAGCUUUCCGUCUGUUAAUCUAACCGCCAUCUCUAAGAUACCAGGAUAUUCCUCCUCCUCCUCCUCUCUUGCCAUUAAAGAAGACAUUAAUUACCUGACGCGACACGUGGCGUCGAUUCAAGAUUCCUCGGGGGUAAAAUCGGUCUCUGUUUUGUUACCUGGUUGGGAGGUUCUUUUGAUUGUCUUGCCGGAAAGUACUCCUCCGAUGACUGCUUCAAUAUCCGGCAAUGAUUUCCUGUGUCUUUAUCCGAACAACGAGACUUCUCCGGCGAGGUUCUCUGGUGUUUUGCCUUCGACGAAUCAGACAACAUUCAAGUGCGGCCUUCCGAAAAGAAAUCGUCGGCGGUUGCCGUUCUUGUCGCCUGUUUUGAUUCGCUCAGGAGAGGAGUUCCUGGUUUCGUCUCCGCCGCCGGAGCCGAUGAUGAGAUGGACUCGCCUUGCUUACGAGUCGUUUACGACCGAAAACGAUGUCGUUUUGUUCGUCAAAGGAUUGAAUCAUCGGCAAGGGAUUAACCUGUCCCCCAAAGAGUUGACUUGCGUUUUUAUUGAUGAGACUAGCAAUAACUCGGUCAGAACAGCCGUUUCCAGCUCCAUUCAAGAAGUGUUCAGGUGCGAACGUCCAGAUUUAACGUCGUUCGGUUAUGGCGGGGAAGGUAACGGCCUAAACAAACGGAUUAAAGUCUCCCUUGAGAUUCGUCACCAGGGGGAAAGCAGUUUCAUGAUGCCUUCUGUCGCGUACUAUAUUCCAUGGCGCAAGUUAGAAAUUGAAAGGCCGAAGUCGCUAUUGUGCGCCAGCACCAUGGUUUUUGACGUGGCUAAGUUCUUGAGAGAAUGGGUCAUGUACCAUUCGAAGAUUGGAGUAGAAAAGUUUGUGCUAUACGAUAAUGACAGUGAUGAUGACUUGAUGAAGGUGAUUAAGGAGCUCAACCAAGAGGGCUAUAACAUUGAAACGUUCUUUUGGAUUUGGCCUAAGACACAAGAAGCUGGCUUCUCUCACGCUUCAUUGUAUGCUAAGGAUUCAUGCACUUGGAUGAUGUAUUUAGAUGUUGAUGAGUUUGUUUUUGCACCAUCAUGGGUUACUUCAUUACAACCUUCGCCUGAUGAUCCGAUGUUAAGAUCCUUAUUGCCGAAAACCCAGUGGUGGUCGGAUCCUCGGCCGAUUGGUCAGGUUUCGAUUCGGUGCAAUGAGUUUGGUCCGUCGAAUCAGAUAACACAUCCCUUGGAAGGGGUGACACAAGGGUAUACUUGCAGGAGAAAAGAAGAUAAUCGUCACAAGUCUAUAGUCUUAUUAGAAGCAAUUGAACAUUCAUUGCUUAAUGCAAUACACCAUUUUAAGUUGAAGGAGGGGUACAGAACGAAGCCAGUUAGUUUAGAAGUUGCUGUGGUGAACCAUUACAAGUAUCAAGCAUGGUCUGAAUUUAAGGUCAAGUUCCGGCGAAGAGUGUCAGCGUACGUAGUGGACUGGACAAAAGGUUUGAAUCCUUUGUCGAAAGAUAGGGCGCCAGGAUUAGGGUUUGAAGCAGUGGAGCCAUCAGGGUGGGAACAUAAGUUUUGUGAAGUGCAAGACGAUAGGUUGAAGCUGCUUGCACAAAGAUGGUUUGAGAAGCAAACCAUGGCAGGAAGUAAAAUGGCAUGGCAAAUAUGAUUAACCUGUUCUUUUAUUCUUUUUAAUUAGUAGGAACAGCAUAGAGAAACCCUAGAUCGAUUAAACCACAAUUUUUUUUUUGGUUUCGCUCAACCGACGACGAAAUUGUUCAGUUGAUUGGUUAAGUUUUUUAGAAGGCGUGUAAGAGAAUAUGAUCGAAAGAAAUACAGAACAACAUUGAAUUAAUAUUUA